CGCUCAGUGAGAACAGCCGACGUUCAAAUCUUGAUUUGCGCCUGAAAUAACCAACCAUCAAGAAUGUGCGUUGGUUUUUACACGCUCGAGCACCCGGAAUAUGCCCUUGUACUUUGCAGUAACCGUGACGAAUACCUCGAACGACCCACCGAAUUCGCUUGCUUUCAUUCAUUCGAUAAGCCAAAGGAGCAUAGGCUUCCAGAGGGAAAUAUUCUCUCUGGCAUUGACGUUCGUGCCGGUGGAACCUGGUUGGGUGUCAAUCGGUCCGGAAGACUUGCCUUUUUAACGAACAUCACAGAAGAGUACAAGACGUAUGGUUCUUCCAGGGGCGACCUCGUUGCCAAUUUUCUUUCGUCCAAUUCAGAAGAGGACGUACAGAAUCUUAUCCCUCCCGGUGCUAAAUAUGCAGGCUUUAAUUUAUUACUCUUGACACCAUCUACCCGUGGCGAACACGACUUGACGUUCGAUGGAACGUAUGUCACCAACCAUGGCGGAGGAGGAACGAUCAUUAUCCGUCCGUUGACUGAUACCGAAAGAAGAUGCGGAGGGUUGUCAAACGGAAUUGAUGGUAAAGGUGCUGAAUUGUGGCCAAAAGUCCAACACGGGCUUCAUUUGUUCGAAUCAAUCAUCAAGGCGGUCUCGCCGACCACGCCGGAGAAGGAACUAGCCGACAAUCUGUUUGAGCUAUUGACUUGGAAGGCUUCGCAGCCGCCAAGCGCACGCUCAGAGCUGAGGAAUACAGUCCAGGUGGAACCAUUUAUAAUGCAGGGGUCGCGAGAAUUCUAUGGAACGCGUCUUUCGACGGUGAUACUUGUGAAAAGAACCGGGGAAGUGUUGUUUAUCGAAAGAGAUAUAUGGAAGCUCGUUGAUGCCAAGCCCGUAAUGUCAGAUCAGUCCUCGCAGCGUGAAUUCCGUUUUGUAUUGGAGCCGGUUCAUUAAUGAUGUAUGUCUAUGUAGUUCGCCGCACGUUGUAUGAUGAUAGUACAGGGCAUGUAAUAUACAAGUGCUGUAGUUUUUUUACUACUCUAAGGCACAAGAG